AUGAGCACCUCCGAACGAGCGUGGCCACGGACGAAGAAGCAACCUUGUACUGAUGCAGGUACCGCACCAAUCCCGGGAUAUACACAGCCGCCGACCACCUUCUUCCUGCGAAGAGAAAGAGACAUGAGAAAAGCCCAGGCAGAACAGACUAGCCAGCAACACGGCCAGGACAAGCAUCACGACUAUGGCGUCGAGAGCCUGGACGAAACCCUCGAAGCUGCUUUCGCCUCCAAAUCGCCAGAGCCUUCUUCACCCCCGUCCGACUCUGUCUCUGGCAAGAAACGGAAGAUUGGAAAUCCCGUCCACCCGAAGAUUGCUGCAGCUGCUCAGCGCAUCAUAUCCUCAGAAGAGCGUCCUUCGUCGCGAAAAUCUUCCAUCUCCUCCUCAGCCCCUAGACCCUUGACUCCAUCACCAACCCGUCGCCAUAUUCGAAGCGAAUCCCUUACAUCCUUGGGUCGUUCGUUUACUCCUCUACGCGCCAGCGAUACCAGCACCCCGCAGUCACCUAGUGUNAAAAGUGUACGCCUCUCAGACGAGGAAGGAAGUAUCAUCGACGACACUGCUAGCCAGGCCCUCCACUCUUCGAGCGAGGAUGAUGAUGUCUUCGCUGACGACACUCUGGUCGAGUCCGCCUCGUCAACUGUUCCUCAAACAAGUAUACCACAGUUGGUCAUGCCUAGCAUAUCCAUGCCUGCACGCCGACCCUUUACAGAGAGAGGCAAGCGCAUUCCUCGACUAAGACUCAUGGUCGUUGGUCCUUCUGGUAUUGGCAAGACGAGUUUGAUAAAAAGUAUCGUUCAAGUGUGUGACGACAUUGUUCAUGUCGACCCUAUCGUGGCUGUUGCCUCGACCUCAACCUCGACUGCGCAUACGGACCAGGUCUUCGAGACUCACGCUUCGACUAAAUCAUACCCAUCUUGGUGGUCAGAAAUCGAACAAGGGCGUGGCUUGAGACGUCGAAAAAGCAUGGGAGACUCCAUUCUUGAACGCAACAUCUCCUUCAUCGACACCCCUGGUUGGGCCAUGAGUGGUGCGAGCGAUCAAAACAUGGAUGAUGCCAUUAGUACUAUUCACGAAAACAUAGAGGCAUCCUUGCGAAGAAAUGCUUUGACAGGAGAAUUGAGCGACACAGAUCUUCUCGGUGUUUUGAGUGGCAGCGGAGGGUUUCAAGUUGAUGUUGUACUUUAUAUGUUCCAUCCCAGUAAGUUGAUGUUCCUGUACAUCAUUGAAAGAGUAUUAAUACCAUCCAGANNAUCUCACCAGAUAAGCCCUGCAGAGAUUGAAAUUCUCCGACGCAUCUCUGCACUCACCAACAUAGUUCCUAUCAUCGGUAGAGCCGAUACAUGCACGAGUGACAACCUCAAGGACAUAAAGACAGCUAUAAGGGCUAGUCUUGAAGCUGCUGGUGUCAGAACGUUUACAUUCCAGGCCGCGGACGCUCAAGAUUCCUUGACAUCGUUGCCUUUUGCAGUGUCGUCCUCCUUGAGUGAGGAUACAGAGACUAUGGAUGCAAGCGUGCUGAUGUCUUCUGACUAUGUGCAGCCUUUGGUCUCUAGCGACAUUGCCCAAUUGGUAGACCGGCUAUUCGAUCCUGAUAACGCUCAGUGGUUACGGCACUGUGCCGUCAAGAAAUUCAUUCAAUGGCGAAGGGAUUACCUGAAGACAUCUUUCGACUCACACAAACGCGAGCUUCGCGAGCUUGCACUCGAGCGACUUGGCUGUUUGCAAGAUGCUGCACCAUCUUCCAUCUCUUCCGUGUUGUCUUCUCCUUCAGGGUUCCUAGCACCCCAAGUAUCCACUGCGAGCCAGCGAGGGUCAUCGCCCACUCCAUUCAAGCUUGUACCGGCUUUGGACACGAAUUCGCAGUACUACUUCGGCCGCCGUAGCGAUAUUCACAAAUUCGACAGAGAAAGCAUGCAACUACCGCAGUGGGCAUACAACCUGAAGAUCGCGCUGGACACUGAAAACCAAGAUAGAAAGCAGCUGACGAUGGGUACUUCUGAACAGCACAACGCCAGCUCGGCCUUGGUCAAAUCUGGCCACGAGAUAUCACCAAAAUAUAGGGAAGCUGACAGUCUCAAUUAUCAAGACCCACUGGGAUUGCUUGCACUGAGCCAACGAUUCAACAUCAGAAGAUGGAGUCUUCUGCAGGUGGUUGGAGGGUGUGGUGCUAUCGCCACGGUCUUGGUUUGGGCAACAAAGAAUUGGGUGGCAGUGUCAGAAGCAUUGGGCUUAUGCACACCGAGUGUCGAAGUCCCUGGAUAUGCAGUAGUGUCAGCCAGGGACAACAGCAGGGCUCCUUUGAAUUUCUUCAAGGCUUUCUUGACGGGAGGUAAAUGGUAG